ACGGGGACGCUCGAGCUGGAGAGGCGAAGGGGACCUUGGACCAAGACGGUGCGCGACGAUGCUGCGGGUGCGGUGCUUGCGAGGCGGGAGCCGAGGAGCAGAGGCGGUGCAUUACAUCGGGUCUCGGCUUGGAAGUACCUUACAAGGAUGGGUGCAGCGAACUUUCCAGAGCACCCAUGCAGCAGCAGCAUCUUCCCAGAACUCCUGUGUAGCUGAUGAAAAGGCUACAGAUCUUCUAGCCAAGGACUGCCCCGUCUCCUCCUACAAUGAAUGGGAUCCACUGGAAGAAGUGAUUGUGGGCCGAGCAGAAAAUGCCUGCGUUCCACCAUUCACCGUGGAGGUGAAGGCCAAUACCUAUGAAAAGUACUGGUCAUUUUAUCAAAAGCAUGGAGGUCAUUAUUUUCCCAAAGAUCAUUUGAAAAAGGCUGUUGCUGAAAUUGAAGAAAUGUGCAAUAUUUUAAAAAUGGAAGGAGUGAAAGUGAGGAGGCCUGACAUCAUAGACUGGUCAGUGAUGUAUAAAACUCCUGAUUUUGAGUCUACAGGUUUAUAUGCUGCAAUGCCUCGAGACAUCUUGAUAGUGGUGGGAAAUGAGAUUAUCGAGGCUCCCAUGGCUUGGCGUGCGCGUUUCUUUGAGUAUCGUGCAUACCGCUCAAUUAUCAAAGACUAUUUCCACCGUGGAGCUAAAUGGACAACAGCUCCAAAGCCCACCAUGGCAGAUGAGCUUUAUGACCAGGAUUACCCCAUUCAUUCUGUAGAAGACAGACACAAACUGGCUGCUCAGGGAAAGUUCGUAACAACUGAGUAUGAGCCAUGCUUUGAUGCUGCUGACUUCAUUAGAGCUGGAAGAGAUAUUUUCGUACAGAGAAGCCAGGUUACUAACUACCUGGGCAUUGAAUGGAUGCGUAGGCAUCUUGCUCCAGACUACCGAGUGCAUAUCAUCUCCUUUAAAGAUCCCAAUCCAAUGCAUAUUGAUGCAACUUUCAAUAUCAUUGGACCGGGUCUUGUGCUCUCCAAUCCUGAUCGGCCAUGUCACCAGAUUGAUCUUUUUAAGAAGGCAGGAUGGACCAUAGUUACUCCUCCAUCACCAGUCAUCCCAGAUGAUCACCCACUCUGGAUGUCAUCCAAAUGGCUUUCCAUGAAUGUCUUAAUGCUGGAUGAAAAACGAGUUAUGGUGGAUGCCAAUGAAGUUCCUAUUCAAAAGAUGUUUGAAAAGCUGGGAAUUAAUACCAUAAAGGUGAAUAUCCGCAGUGCCAACUCUUUGGGAGGAGGAUUCCACUGCUGGACCUGUGAUGUCCGGCGCCGAGGCACCCUGCAGUCCUACUUUGACGGACCAGACCUGGGGCAUCUGUGACUUGGCCUCAGAUAAGCCUAGGAAACUUAGGGACAAAGUUCACUCUCCUGCUUUAAAAAAUAUGCAUGAACUGUAGUGCUUUAAACAAUCAUAUCUUUAACAGGAGUCUUCAGCCUGGUUUAUUUCUUAUUAUUUUUUUGACAUAAGAAAAAUUACUUGUGCUAGGUAUUAUUCUGUCCUUCUAAAGUUAUUUGCUAUUUGGCUUCAAGUGUAAAAAUUUGAUAAAUAUGUACCAAGAUAGAAAACAGUCACUUGAGUAACUUGGCCGCUAAUAUUUAACCAUCUACCUCUGUUUUUAAUUCUCUUUCCAAAAGGCAGCUUGAAAUAUUGGUCCUGAAUUUAAUUUUUCCCUUUUUCCAGAUUUGUGAAUGUUUGUAUCACUCUUUAUAGUUUCUAAAUGAGAGGAAAGCUUGGGACAUAUACAGCUCUUAAGUAAAACCAGCUAAUUGUUUUUUUCUCAGAAGGAGUCUUGAUCAUUUAAAUUUUUCUUUCAAAAAAGUAACAGACUAUGCAAACAUUAAGGGAAUUUUUCAUAAAUACUCUCACCGUUGGUGAUUUUUGCUUCUAAAACUUCUUCAAUUUACCUCAUUUUAAGUGAAUUAUUUAUCAUCAAUUUUUCUUAUCUUUCUAAAACUCAACAGAGAUGUCUAAUGCAUUAUGAUGGAAUUGCCAAUUCCCACUAAAUUUCAGUAUUCAUUAUUUAAUAAAGAUAUUGCAUCUUUGAUAAUCUAAGAUUUGUAUACACAUGUUCAGAUUAUUUAAAGCACAGAUUUUAAAAACAUUUAAAAAAAACUAAUGGAAGUAAAAUCUGCAUUGCAAUAAUUUUAAACCUACUAAAAUAAUUCAAAGUUGGAUACUGGACAUGUAUUUUUAUUCUAAUAAAAUUCUGUGUCACAGAA